AUAGCAUUGAGACGAAUUUCCAAUAGGAAAACGAAGCCUUAGUACAACACCCCGAUGAACUUCGCCGCCAAUUCCUAGUGUACAAUUAUUGGGCCAGUACAACGAUUCAACCGAUUCUUCCAAUAGCGAGGACGAAUAUACAAAGACUGGUUUAUGAGACAGUGAUACGCUUGAAAUCCGAAUUCCAUCUGUUAUCUCCAAGUUUACCGUUGAACGCACGUCCCGGUCUCUGUUCGACGAUACGACGUAGAGAUUCUUCCGCAAUCGCUUCAAUAUAUAAACGUUUUGCGAGAUGUACCCUUCAUCAAACGAGCAGGUCGAGCAACCAAUCCAAACACCAAAACACUCCUACGAAAUGAAACUGGCCGUAGCUGCAGUUCUUGUCACAAUUUGUGUCGCUCUAGCCCAUGGAGUCCCAUACGAUACCUACUGCAGCGGAAUAAAUGAGGUCUUUAGCACUUGCGGGUCGGCUUGCCCAACAACCUGCGCUACCUACCGCUACGGAUCCCAGUGGUGUGGUCUCUCCUGCCAGAGAGGCUGUUUCUGCCGAUCCGGUUACAUUCGCAACUCGCUGGGCGCAUGUAUUCAACCAAUUCAAUGUUCUGGAUAUUACGGACGAUCAUAUUAUGGAUAUGGAUACUACCCAUUCAACUAUUACGGCUAUAACAAUGCCAUACAAUCCGUAAUCUACUGAGAACGAGUGUUUUUUUUUGAGUAACUGAAUAUUGGGAUUAGGUUAAUCAUUUACACCAAAAAAAAACAAAAAUCAUUCAAGCAAUAUGACACCAAAAAAUAAAUUCUGUAAUCAAUUGAUGCCAUGAUAUAAAUAUAAAUUCUAUUUGGGAUUUUCAAU